AAAGAAACGGAGUUUCCAAACAAACAUGCAAUAGUGAAUGUUCAACUACUGAACCGAAGCACGCAUUUCUAACUCAGUAAAGAUUACAAAUUUACAAUACUCCAAAAACCCCAAACGAAGAUCCACACUCUUCUAGGAUAAAAAAUUCAACAAUGGCGGAUGAUAAUCAAAACCAAAUCUCCAGCCGCAGUUCGAGAAUCUACGAUGUAGUGAUCUUCGGCGCCUCCGGUUUCACCGGCAAAUACGUUGUCCGAGAAGCACUCAAAUUCCUCAACGCGCCGAACUCGCCCCUCAAAACCCUAGCCUUGGCGGGCCGAAGCCCGUCCAGAUUGUCCGAAGCACUGAAAUGGGCCUCCGCUCCGAAUCCGCCGCCCAAAAUCCCCCUCCUCACCGCCGACACAUCGGAUCCGAACUCCCUGACCCGCAUCGCGUCCCAAGCGAAGAUCAUUCUGGAUUGCGUCGGCCCGUUUCGUCUCUACGGGGAGCCCGUCGUUGCGGCCUGUGUCGAAUCGGGCUGCGAUUACUUGGACAUCUGCGGGGAGCCCGAUUUCAUGGAGAGAAUGGAGGCUUCGUACCACGACAAGGCGGCGGAGAAGGGCUCUUUGGUCAUUUCAGCUUGUGGAUUUGAUUCAAUUCCGGCGGAGAUGGGGUUGUUGUUUCACUCCAGGCAGUGGACCGGGCCUUCCGCCCCGAACCGGGUCGAGGCGUAUUUGAGGCUGGAGUCCGAUAAGAAAAUUGUCGGGAAUUUCGGGACGUAUGAAUCGGCGGUUCUUGGUGUGGCUAAUGCUGAUAAGCUGGUGGAGCUGAGAAGGUCACGGCCCAAAAGAGCCCGGCCCGCGAUUCCCGGACCAGCACCACCAAAAGGUUCCAUCAUAGAACACCAGAAACAGCUCGACCUUUGGGGUUUGAAAUUACCCUCAGCAGAUUCCAUCGUUGUAAGAAGAACGCUCUCCACUCUGACAGAAAACCCCCAUGGUUUACCCGGUGUUAACGAGAGUGACGAAAACCGUAAAACCAGGGAGGCCUUCUGGUCAACUGCAAAGCCAGCUCAUUUCGGUGUGAAAUUAGGGUCAAAAUCGUUGCUCGGUUUAUUCCCCUUCAUCAUGUUUGGAGUUUUCCUCGGUUUGUUGAGCAAGGUUUCACUAGGGAGAUGGCUUCUCUUGAAAUACCCCUCGUUUUUCAGCGCUGGAGGGUUCCGGAAGGAAGGCCCGUCUGAGGAUGAGGUUGCGAGUGCUACCUUUAAGAUGUGGUUUGUUGGACAGGGGUUUUCGGACAGUAGUUUGGCUUCACAGGGGAACAAGAAACCCGAUACUGAAGUUAUUACAAGGGUAAUGGGACCUGAGAUUGGAUAUCUGACCACCCCAAUUGUUCUGCUUCAGUGCGCUCUUGUUGCACUUAAAGAACGCGAUAAUCUGCCUAAGGGAGGGGUUUUCACCCCCGGGAUUGUGUUUGGCGCAACGGAUCUCGAAAAACGGCUCCAGGAGAACGGGAUAUCCUUUGACUUCAUUUCAGUAAAUUCUCUCUCUGCCUGAGUUUUAUAAUACUGUCUUCAUGUAAUAAUCUCUCCUUUACUUUGUCUACUCGUUGAAUAACAAUCGUCUCAGUACCAAACAAUUGAGAGUUUGCGAUUGAUGGAGAGAUAUUUACUAGUUUAAAGUUCAAA